GAAUACAUGCACUGUGUAAUAGUGCAUAAAGAUAUAAACAGUUAUUCCUAACGGGGUGUCCAUGAAAUCAGGAUAAACAUUGGCGAUUUAAGUCUGGUAGCUGUGGCCCAAGUCUAGGGGCUAUAUCCUGGUCACAAUUUGGCUUGUUAUCCCAAUUGAGGCGUCCAGAAGCUUGACCAACAAGGUUUGUUUUUAACUCCUCCUGUGGACUUUCUAUGUGGAUCCUUGAUCUUUUCACUUGACAUUUUUAUAUGUUCUCUAACAAUAAGCAGAUACUCAUAAUCGGUUUCUUUUAACUCUUAGUACAAGAGACUUGGUGUUUUGUUCUCUUGCACAAUAGACAAUCCCGUCUUUCCCGGAUUCUUGUGCCAUAAAUCUCCCGAGUCUCCGUCGUUUGUACAGGAGCCACAACUACCACGUCUUUCAUUACGCGUCUCUACCACGGAAUCGUUCCUCCAGUCUUCAAAUUCAAUCUCACUUCGGUUCUUACUUCUCAUGCCCAGUAAUCUCAUGGCUACCAAUCUAUUAACCUCCAAUGGGGGAGUAGAAUUACCAGCAGAUGUAUGCUUGCGAAUUAUAGAUCUAGUCAUCCACGACGCGCCUAAGAACGUCGUUAUAUUAAUCAAGCUUUCACGUUCCUUCAAGAAGCUCAUCCAAACAUACGAACGAGCCCUAGCCAAAACCGCCAUCAAUCUCUACUCCAACACAUACGUAAACCAAAACACCCACUUCAUCAUCCGCAAUCAGCCAGCAUCUAAGAACUUCACCCCCAAACUUUACAUCAACCACACCUUCGCUCACCUCCUAGAAACCCAAACGCGCGCACGAAUCAUGCACGAAAUAAUCCACGACCCCUUUUCCCAAUGCCAUACCCCCACUAUCUACUGGGCCGGUGGCGUAGGUUUCGAUCCGCCUACCCUUGGUACCCCUCUAGCCGAGCUCGAAAUCCGAAGACAGAAAUUCAAAGAAGAAGCGCUAAGAUUAUUAUACGAGCUUUUCGAUAUAACCCUAGAUGUCAAAAAUGAAUGGCAUGCUCGAACUCGUCAAAUCGAUUUUCUCUCCCGCCUUGGCACACCAGAAUUAGCAGUUCUCUGUAUCUUCAUCCCUAUCUUGGGAUUUAAUCUUCUUGAAAAAAUGAAAGAUGAGAGUGUCAAUACAAAGAGAGCGGUCAUAAUUUUCCAGCAUAAUCUCAUAAGAUAUGGACCGAUAGUAGCUUGGUUGCAGAUUUCUGCAGAUACGAAGUGCAAAAGAAUAGGACUUGGAGGAACGGUCAGAUUGAACGAAUGGUGGAAAGAGAGGCAAGCUGAGGGUGUGGAAAAGUUAAAGAAGUUUGAGCGAGGCAGGAUGGGAGAAGCGAGAAUGAUACUAGUGCUUUGGAGGAUUUUUCAAGGCAGAGAGAGCGUUGAAAAGAUUUGGAGUCCGAGGAGUGGGGAGAGACUUUGGGAAAUUGCUAAGGGGUUGGUGGAGGAGAGGAUGAGGGGAUAUCUUGUUUGAAGGGGGGGUUUUAUCUUGUUUGUUAUGAUUGGGGCUGGUUUAUGGCUAUAUUAGGGACUGGGAUUAGGAAGUGGGAUCAUAGUUGGGAUUGGGAUUGAGGUAAUGUCUGUGUAUACGAAGAAUUCGGGGUUUUAUUAUGGUCUGGAUUGUCUGAUAUAAUUUGGGGUUAUCUGAAAUGAGUUGGGGACUAUGUUUGGAUUGCUAGAUACUGAGACUGGCACAUACAGGGGCUAAUGUUGGUAUUACAAUUGUAAAAAUGGAUGUUAAACUGUCUGGGUUAAGCAUUAUGAGUUGGAUUGGAUUUUUAAAAAGGUGUUACGAGAUUUUGUCAAAUGAAGAGGGUUAUAUACGUUACUGUCGAUGUUCAAUGCGAGGUUAUAGAGUGUAAAGGUCUAGGAAAUGACAAGACUCCAAAACUUAUAAUCACAUUGAUCGAGAUGACAACGGUGAUUAUGGGCACGAGGACCAAAGAUUCACAACUUUCUCUCAUGUUGAUGGAUGAUAGUAGUCAAUAUUCAUAUAGUUGGUAGUUACA